CAUCCUCCGGGUAUCUGUCUAGUGCCAACCCCUCAGAGAGUGCAGCUGGCACAUAUCGCUCACGGAUUCCCGAAUUGGGUCUCGGUCCAGGCAAAGGCUUUCGAACGUAGAUCUUUACAUCAGCCUAUAUAUUUCUUUCUGUUGGCGUGUAUAAAGGCAAAGGAUGGACUACGUAAAGAAUACGCCCGGUGUUCUUGGCUGGGUGGUGGGCCAUUCCCCCGCCGUCAGCAGGGCUCUGGGGCGUCGGUCCUGGAUGUCUCCUUGGGCUCUUCUGAAGACGAUAGACAGCCUGCUGAGGGGAAUCGGCCAGGUGUGCUUCGCCGACAACCCCCUCUCUGGGCUCCUCAUCCUCCUCGGCCUCUUCCUCGGCAACCCACUGGCGGGGCUGGGGGCCGUCGUCACCUCGCUCACGGCCAUCAUCACGGCUCUGAUUUUCAAACAACCCGACGGAGCCAUUGGAGCUGGUCUCACGAACUUCAGCGCCGUCUUGGUAGGAACUGUGAUCACUUCCGUCUACCCGAUAAUCUGCCAUCAGCCUCUGCCAUCACCCGUCUGGGGGUACAUGGUCGCCGGAGCCGCCUUCAGCGUCUGUCUGUUCUCAGCCCUGGCCGCCAUCUUGGCCCCGACCAAACUGCCGCCUUUCACUCUUCCCUUCAAUAUCGCCACCUGCAUCGUGUUCAUCUGCCUCCGUAGCCACGGUCUUGUGGGAGUCACACCGGAAGCCACUGCACAGGAGGUGGCCGAGGAAGAGAGUGUUCAGUGGGGGCAAGUCUUCCUAGGUUCAUUCCUCUCCGCUGGACAAGCCUACGCAGUGGAGAGCAUCGCGUGCUCCUCGCUCACGCUCAUUGGCCUCUUCUUAUAUUCGCCAAUCCUUACCGUCUUCGCCUUCUUCGGCGCUCUCACGUCCUCCCUAACAGCUCUUGCUGUGUCAUCGGCUCCUUACGCUGCCGUGUAUGCUGGUGGCUGGGGCUAUAACGGGUUCCUGUCAGGUGGAAGCCUCGCUAUCUUCAUGGUCCCCUCGCCGAGAGUCUUUCUCCUUGCCAUCGUCAAUUCCGUUUUCACCACGUUCCUCCAUGCAGCGCUCGUUCCCUCUUUCGCCCUGAACCAGCUGCCAGUGUUCACCUUCCCGUUCUGCAUUAGUUCCCUGCUGUUCUUGGCCAUGGCAGGGGCGGGGGGCAUGGACAGUGUGCGAGUGUACGAGCCAACUUUCCCGGAACGAGAUCUUCUUCUCAGCAAACAGGAAAUUCGAGAAACCGAGAAGGACGGCAUAGCUGCUCGUGAUCCUGCAGCUCUGCCUUUGUCAGAGAACCAAAGGGAAGCUGUGUAGAGACCUCAAAAUCAGUUUCAAACUCUGUCUCCACACCAAAUAUUUGAUUAAAGUAACAAGUUUGAGCUUAAGGGAACUAUCUUUUGUACUAACUAGUUACAGGCACCUACAGAAAAUGACAUAUCUCCAUUUAUCACACACACACGAAAUAAAUCAAGUCUAGGGUUUCAAGAUCAAUGAAUGAUCUUCGUAUAUGAUAACAAGAUAUGGUGAAUUUGAAUGAUUAAAAGGUUUCAUAUAAUUCUGAAGACUGUAAAAGAGACGUCUCAAACGGAUAUAUUACUUCAUUGAAUCUCUGAUAUUUAUGUAAUUAAUGACGAAUCAAGAACAUUUUUACAAUAUGUUUUGAAACUUCCAAUUCGUGUGUUUCCCAAUGAAUUAAGUGUGUCCUUGUAUUUGAGAUGUAAAAUAGUCUGCUGUUAUUAAAGUAAUCUAUCUAUUGUUCUGUAGGAAAAGUACAUUUGUGUAUGAGUUAGAUAGUACCUGUUGUUUAUAUUAGUAGUGCAUACUCUUUUUUAGAUAAUAGAUAAUUUUAGAUGUAGCACUGAUUAUUAUACAAUAAACUACUAUCGUACUUUUAGUCAGAA